GCCUCUGUACAACUAAACUACUGAACCCUUAUGACACAAUCUCACACAGAGCCCUUAAACGGACUCCUGCAAUUAGGACUGACCAUCAACCAACAGUAUUCAAAGAGGUCGAUUCUGCGGACAACAAUCCACAAUGUCUCCAGAUGCUCUGGAUGAUAAUCUGAAGAGCUGAAGUGAUCCAGUGUUACAUGGAUCCCGUCAGCUUCUGCUUUACAAACCAACCUUUCCUGGGGUGAUAAAAGGAGCCAAAAAUGUUCAACCUGAUCAAAAAAGACAAGGAGAAGGACAGAGACAAGGAUGGAGGGAAGAAGGAAAAGAAGGAGAAGAAAGACAAAAAGGAGAGGAUGUCCCAGGCGGAGAUGAAAAGCCUGGAGGAGAUCAGUGUGAGACGGGGCUUCUUCAACCUGCACCGCGGGGGGUCCAAGAGGGACUCCAGGAGCAAGCUGGAGAUCUCCAGCCCCAUCCCCAUCAAGGUGGCCAGCAACGCGGAAAUCAACCUUACGGAGAUCGAUGCCGAACGCUUCAGCUCCCGCGGCAGCAUGGUUCUGGACGCAGGGCAGAUGAGCGCAGCCAGCUCCAGCGACGACAUCAAAGGCGAGGGGGGUCCGGACAGCCAUCGCAGCUCGGUGAAGGAAAGGGCUGCCAGGUUUGGGGCCUUGGCCAAGCAGAACCCCCAGGUGGGUCAGGUUAUUAAGAGCUUCUCCUUCUCCCAGAGGAGCAAGGAGGAGAGUCCGUCUGAGAGCUCCUCUCCCUCCGGGCAGAGCUCUGCUGCCCCAUCUCCCCAGGUAGAGAGCCGGGGGUUCGACCCCCAGCGCAGACCUGCGCCCGCCCGGACGGUCCACAUCCCAGAGCUAGUGGAGAAAACGUUCUCUGCAGACCUGAGUCUGCCGGCUGUGACGGCCCCGGCUGUGCCGGAGCCCCGCCAGCUACAGCUGCAGCGCCGCAACACCGGGGACUUUGGCUUCUCGCUGCGCCGCACCACCAUGCUGGACCGCCAGCCGGACGGGACGCUCUACCGGCGGGUGGUGCACUUUGCAGAGCCCGGUGCCGGGACCAAGGAUCUGGCCUUGGGGCUGGUGCCGGGAGACCGGCUGGUGGAGAUCAACGGGGACAACGUGGAGAACCGAAGCCGGGACGAGAUUGUGGAGAAGAUCCGUCAGUCCGGAGACACUGUCCAUCUGAAGGUGCAGCCCAUCGUAGAGCUGAGCGAGUUGAGCCGAUGCUGGCUGAGGAACAGCGAGGGCCGCCGCAGGGGAUCCGACCAUGUAAAGGCAGAGUUGCGUUCGUCAGAGCUCCCUGUGGGGAAGCCCUCCUCUGGGAGCUCCUCCUCUCUCCCUGAACAGGUUCCACAACUGAUCCCCACAGAGGAGAACCAUCAACGUCUGAGGAAGAUCUUUGAUGGGAUUGAUCCUACUACUAAGGAGGACGAGGACCCUGUGGCCAUCCUUCAGGCAGCCCACUCUGCUGCCUCCCAGCCCAAGGUGAAGACCGAGGAACAGAUCGCAGCAGAGAAGACCUGGUACGGCACUGACAAAGUCUGGCUGGUCCACAAAGAUGGCUUCUCCCUGGCCACGUUGCUGAAGACAGAGGCGGGCUCUCUGCCGGAGGGGAAGGUGAAGAUCAGGCUGGAGAGUGACGGCUCCCUGCUGGAGGUGGAGGAGGACGACGUGGAGAAGGCUAACCCCCCUGCGUUUGACCGCGUGGAGGACCUGGCGUCUCUGCAGUACCUGAACGAGUCCAGUGUGAUCCACUCCCUCCGCCAGCGCUACGGGGCCAGCCUGCUCCACACCCACGCUGGGCCCAGCAUGGUGCUCAUCAACCCUGUCAGCAGCCCCUCCAUGUACUCUGAGAAGGUGAUGCACAUGUUUAAGGGCUGCAGGCGUGAGGACACGGCACCACACAUCUAUGGCGUGGCCCAGUCAGCCUAUAGGAGCCUUCUGACCACACGGCAGGACCAGUCCAUCGUGCUGCUGGGCAGGACGGGCAGCGGCAAGACCACCAACACACAGCACCUGGUCCAGUACCUGGUCACCAUCGCUGGCAGCUCCGGCAAAACCUUCUCCGCUGAGAAGUGGCAGGCUGUGUACACCAUCCUGGAGGGCUUUGGGAACUGCUCCACCACCAUGAACUCCAACGCCAGCCGCUUCUCUCACAUCGUCUCCCUGGACUUUGACCAGGCAGGCCAGGUGGCUUCUGCUUCCAUCCAGACCAUGCUGCUGGAGAAACUGCGAGUGACGAGGCGUCCGGAUGGAGAGUCUGUGUUCAACGUGUUCUACUACCUAAUGGCUGGAGCUGACAGCUCUCUCAGGACUGAGCUGCACUUCAACCAUUUUGUAGAAAACAGUGCCUUUGGGAUUUUACCUCAAUCCAAGUCGGAGGACAAGCAGCGGGCCUCCCAGCAGUUCACCAAGCUGCAGGCAGCCAUGAAGGUGUUGGGGAUGUCUAUGGAGGAGCAGAAGGCCUUCUGGCUGGUGCUGGGGGCUAUCUACCAUCUGGGGGCUGCCGGGGCCACCAAGGACACAGAUGAAGCUGGGCGGAGGCAGUUUGUACGUCACGAGUGGGCCCAGAAGGCUGCCUACCUGCUGGGCUGCAGCCUGGAGGAGCUCUCCUCCUCCAUCUUCAAGCCCCAGGCCACCCUGCCCCGUGGGGGGGCCCAGCCCCGCGGGGGGGCCCAGCGCCCCGGCGCCGACGACACGGGGGACGCUGCGGCAGGGCCCAAGGCUUCAGCGUUGGAGUGUCUAGAAGCCAUGGCGUCUGGCCUUUACGCUGAACUCUUCACCCUCCUCAUCUCCCUCAUCAACAGGGCCCUCAAGUCCAGCCAGCACUCUGUGUGCUCCCUGCUGGUGGUGGACACGCCUGGCUCCCAGAACCCUCGUCUGGUGAAGCAGGAGCGCGGCGCCACCUUUGAGGAGCUGUGCCAUAACUACACCCAGGAACGCCUGCAGGCCCUCUUCUACCAGCGCACCUUCGUACAGGAGCUGGAGAGAUACAAAGAGGAGAAUAUAGAGCUGGCGCUGGACGACCUGGAGCCCAGCUCCUCCCUGUCUGUAGCUGUUGUUGACCAGGCCUCCAGCCAGACCCUGGUGCGGUCUGUGGCGAGAACGGAGGAGGCACGGGGUCUGCUGUGGCUGAUGGAGGAGGAGGCCCUUCAGCCGGAGGGGUCAGAGGACUCCCUGCUGGGACGCCUGUUCAGCUACUAUGGCCCUGCAGAGGGCGAGGGCAGAGGUCCCUCUUUACUCCUGAAGAGUGAGCGAGCGCAUCACUUCCUGUUGGGCCACAGCCAGGGGACGGACUGGGUGGAGUAUGACGCCGGAGGCUGGCUAAGCCACGCCCGCUACAACCCCGCCUCCAGCAGCGCAGCCAAUCUGCUGCAGGAGUCCCAGAAGAAGACCCUGAGCGGUGUGUUUGCGGGCCGUGCGGGCGGGGCCAGCUUCCUGUCGGGCUCGGUGGCAGGGCUGCAGGGCGUGUCUCUGCCUGCGCUGAGGAGAGCCAGCAGCAUGAGGAAGACCUUCACCACCAGCGUGGCCACCGUGCGCAAGAGGAGCCUCUGUGUCCACAUUAAGCUGCAAGUGGAUGCUCUUCUGGACACUGUCCGCAGGUCCAGGGUUCAUUUCGUCCACUGCUUGCUGCCCAAGGCUGAUGCCCUGAGGGCGCUGGUCCGGGAGGGGAGUGAAGGCCCAGCCCCUGGCCAGGGCGAGGGGGUCGACGCUGGGCUGAUGCAGCUGGAUGUGGCCCUGCUCCGGGCCCAGCUCCGCGGCUCCAAGCUGCUGGACGCUUUGAGGAUCUACAGGCAAGGUUACCCUGAUCACAUGGUCUUCUCAGAGUUCCGCCGGCGCUUCGACGUGCUGGCGCCCCACCUGACCAAGAAACACGGACGCAACUACAUAGUGAAGGACGCAAAGAGGGCGGUGGAGGAACUGCUGGAGUGUCUGGACCUGGAGAAGAGCAGCUAUCACAUGGGUGUGAGCAGGUUGUUCUUCAGAGCUGGUACGUUGACUCAGCUGGAGGAGCAGAGAGAUGAGCAGACCAGGAGGAACCUCACCCUGUUCCAGGCUGCCUGCUCCGGAUACCUGGCAAGACAGGCUUUCAAGAAGAGGAAGGUCCAGGACCGGGCUAUCCGCUGCAUCCAAAAGAACAUCCAGAAGAACCGUGGGGUGAAGGGCUGGCCCUGGUGGAGGCUGUUCACCACCGUCAGACCCCUUGUCCAGGUCCAGAUGACCGAGGAACAGCUCCGAGAUAAGGACGAGGAGAUCCUGCUGCUCAGAGGGAAGCUGGACAAGGUGGAGAAGGAGAGGAACGAGCUGAGGCAGAAUGGCGAGAGUCUGGAGAGCAGGAUCUCGGAGCUGUCGGCUGAGCUGGCUGACGAGAGGAACACAGGAGAAUCAGCAUCCCAGCUGCUAGAGACAGAGACGUCAGAGAGACUGAGACUGGAGAAGGACAUGAAGGAGAUGCAGACUAAGUUGGAGGCUGUGAAGAAGCAGCUGGGCUGUAUGGAGAUGGAGGUGAUGGAGGCUCGUCUGAUCAGGACAGCAGAGCUCAACGGGGAGCUGGACGAUGACGAGGACGACUCAGGAGGAGAGUGGCGUCUGAAGUACGAUAGGGCGAUCCGAGAGACAGAGUUCACCAAGAAGAGACUCCAGCAGGAGUCUGAGGACAAGCUGGAGACGGAGCAACAGGCCAAGAGACACCUGGAGAGAAGGCUUGCAGAGCUGCAGGCGGACAGUGAGGAGCAGCAGAGGAGCAUGCAGCAGCUGAAGAAGAAGAGCCAGAGGAUGACUGCAGAGCUGCAGGACACCAAGCUGCACCUGGAGGAACAGCAGAGACGCAACCAUGAGCUGGAGAAGAAACAGAGGAGGUUUGACCUGGAGCAGAGCCAGACCCAGGAGGAGGUGCAGAGAGAGAGGACCCAGAGAGAGAAGCUGGCCAGGGAGAAGGACAUGAUGACCGGAGAGAUCUUCAGUCUCCGACAGCAGCUGCAGGAUAAGGAAGUGGACCUGAGUGCGGCCAGCCUGAAAGUGGAGCAUCUGGAAGCGGAGCUACAGGACCUCUCCUCCCACGAGUCCAAGGAGGAGGCGUCGCUGUCCAAGGUCCGCAAGCUGCAGCGCGAGCUGGAGGCCAAGGUCAAGGACCAGGAGGAGGAGCUGGACGAACAGGCUGGAACCAUCCAAAUACUGGAGCAGGCCAAGCUGAGGCUGGAGAUGGAGAUGGAGAGGACCCGGCAGACCCACUGUAAGGAGCUGGAGAGCAAGGAGGAGGAGGUGGAGGACUUCAGACAGUCCUGCAGCAAGAAGCUCAAGCAGCUGGAGCAGCAGCUGGAGGAGGAAUAUGACGACAAACAGAAAGUUCUCAGAGAGAGGAGAGACCUGGAGGCCCGACUGCUCAGCACCCAGGACCAGGUGGGCCAGAGGGAUGUGGAGACAGAGAAGAAGCUGAAGAAAGAUCUGAAGAGGACCAAGGUGCUGCUGGCCGAUGCUCAGAUCAUGCUGGACCAUCUGAAGAACAACGCCCCCAGCAAGAGGGAGAUCGCCCAGCUGAAGAACCAGCUGGAGGAGUCAGAGUUCACUUGUGCAGCUGCGGUGAAGGCUCGCAAGGGCAUGGAGCUGGAGAUAGAAGACCUGCACAUCCAGAUGGAGGACGUGGUCAAGGUCAAGAUAUCUCUGGAAGAGCAGAUGAGCAGGCUGCAGAGGGAGAAGAACGAUCUCCAGUCUCGUCUGGAGGAGGACCAGGAGGACCUGAAUGAGCUCAUGAAGAAGCACAAGGCUGCCGUCUCCCAGUCUGCCAGGGACCUGAGCCAGAUCAGUGAUCUGCAGGCCCAGCUGGAAGAAGCUCAGAAGGAUAAGCAGGAGGUCCAGGACAAGCUGCAGUCACUCCAGAGCCAGCUGGAGUUCCAGGAGCAGUCCAUGGUGGAGAAGUCCUUGGUCAGCCGACAGGAGGCCAGGAUCAGAGAGCUGGAGACCAAGCUGGAGUACGAGAGGACCCAGAUCAAACGCCUGGAGAUCCUGGUGGGGCGUCUGAAGGAGAACCUGGAGAAGAUGACAGAGGAGAGAGACCAGCGCGUGGCAGCAGAGUGCCGGGAGAGAGACCAGAACAAGCGUCUGCAGAGGCAGAGCCGAGACAUGAAGGAGGAGAUGGGAGAGCUGGCCAAGAAGGAGUCAGAGGCCAGCCGCAAGAAACACGAGCUGGAAAUGGACAUCGAGAGUCUGGAGGCGGCCAAUCAGAGCCUGCAGGCAGACCUCAAGCUGGCUUUCAGGAGGAUAGGUGACCUGCAGGCCGCUAUAGAGGACGACAUGGAGAGUGAUGACAAUGACGACCUUAUCAACAAUUUACAAGACAUGGUGACAAAGUAUCAGAAGAAGAAGAACAAAACCGGAGACGACUCGGAGACCGACUCGGAGGUGGAGGACCGCGUGGACGGAGUGAAGUCCUGGCUGUCCAGGAACAAGGGCUCCUCUAAGACCCUGUCAGACGACAGCAGCCCCAAGACCUCCAGAAACGCUGCCAGCAUUGACGUGAAGGAGGGGAAGGAGGGGAAGGAGGGGAAUAGGGACAGUAAGGAGGGAGAGCAGAGCAGGGCAGUGUCAGUGGUGAGCUCCCUCAGCUACAGGAAGCGCUCCAUGAAGGACUCCAUCGGGGGCGCAGGAGACGAGAGCUCCCUCUUCAGCACGCUGAAGGAACAGUCGGACGCCCCCGACCUGUCAUCGCUCCGCAGGGCCAAGGCCCGGGGCGAGGAUGCUGCUGAUGAGCGCAGGAGGGCGGGCGAGGACGCAGACGACUGUGGCUCUGUCAUCUCCCAGGCGUACUCAGAGGCCACCAGCCGUGCCAGGAAGGGUCUGGAGCGCCGCUGGGCUCCUCGCAGCCCCGACACGGACAGAGACUCCACCCUGUCCUCGCUGGCGCCCAGCCGGGCAUCCCUGCGGAGGGCGCUGGAUGAUGAGGAGGACGGCAGGUCGACCGUCAGCAGCGUGAGCCGCUCCAGCCCGCGGGCCCUGCGCCGCAGCGCGUCCUGGGUGGAUGACGGGCGCAGCGACUCGUACGGGCCGACUGUCAGCCCUGGCGGGGCCUGGCGGUCCGGGGGGCGGAGCCCAGGCAGCGUGUCUCUGGCCCGGAGCAGCCGGCUCAGCGAGUUCGGCCUGCGGGAUGACGAUGACACCGCCAGCGUGGCGUUCAGCGAGGGCGUGGCCUCCAGCUCCCUGAGACGCAGCCUCUCCACGCCCGCACAGCCACGCCUCUCCGACACCGACCCCCCCGACCCGGCCGAGGUCAAGUCCGUCACGCACCGCAACUACCUGGACCCCGACCUGGAGGCGGCCAUCAACGAGGUACUCAGCUUCAAACCCAUCAAGUUCAAACGCAGCAAGCUGGAGGACUCCGAGGAGGAGGAGGAGGGGGGGAGGGAGGAGGAGGAGCAGGAGGAGAGGAGGAGCGUGCGGGGGGAGCAGGGGGGGGACCUGGGUCCUGGGCGCAGUGCGUCCAGCCUGUGGCGGUCUGGCUCAGCGGCAGAGCGCCCCGAGUCCUCCAGCAGCUCGCGCUCACGCAAGGCUAAGAAGAAGAAGAGCUCCGAGUCCUCGUCAUCGGACGGCCGGCGUAGCCACGGAGACCGGAGGAGCAGCUCCAGGAAGAACAAGAAAUCCAGGAAGGGAUCGAAGAAGAAGGAGAGCGAAUCCGAUUCCUCCUCCUCGUCCUCCUCCUCCUCCUCAUCCUCGGGUUCAACCAUCUCCUACCGUAGCUCCAACAGCGUGAAGAGAGGCCCCGCCCCCCCGCGCCCCUCACAGGAGGAGGAGGGAGCCCCCAGGAGAGAAGGCAAGAAGAAACCCAAGAAUGUGGACAGUGUGGUGAUGAAGUACCUGUACAAGCCUGACAGCGACUAGAGGAUCCAACCUGCACCCGCCGCUCUACCGCAGACACUUGAGCGUGGCCAAGCCAGAGGAGGAGGAGGAGAAGGAGGAGAUGGAGGAGGA